AUGUCCAACGAGACUGGCGAGAUUGACUUGGACUCGGUCAUUGACCGUCUUCUAGAGGUCCGCGGCAACCGUCCAGGUAAAGCGGUCCAGCUGCAAGAAUACGAAAUCCGGUACCUAUGUACUAAAGCUCGUGAAAUCUUCAUCUCUCAACCCAUUCUUCUGGAACUAGAAGCGCCGAUAAAAAUCUGUGGAGACAUUCACGGACAAUACUAUGAUCUCUUACGGCUGUUUGAGUACGGUGGAUUUCCUCCAGAGGCCAACUACCUCUUCCUCGGUGAUUACGUCGACCGUGGAAAGCAGAGUCUGGAAACAAUCUGUCUGCUCUUGGCUUACAAGAUUAAAUACCCGGAAAACUUCUUCAUCCUCAGAGGAAAUCACGAGUGCGCGAGUAUCAACAGGAUUUACGGGUUUUACGACGAGUGCAAACGUCGCUACAAUAUUAAAUUGUGGAAGACUUUUACCGACUGCUUCAACUGUUUACCUAUCGCCGCUAUCAUUGACGAGAAGAUCUUUACAAUGCACGGAGGACUGAGUCCCGACCUACAAAGUAUGGAGCAGAUCCGACGAGUCAUGCGACCAACAGAUGUACCUGAUACAGGUCUGCUCUGCGAUCUCCUGUGGGCCGACCCGGAUAAGGAUAUAACGGGUUGGAGUGAGAACGAUAGAGGCGUUUCGUUCACAUUUGGACCGGAUGUCGUGUCGAGAUUCCUGCAGAAACACGAUAUGGAUUUGAUCUGCAGAGCGCAUCAGGUCGUCGAGGAUGGAUACGAAUUCUUUGCCAAACGUCAACUGGUCACCUUGUUCUCCGCGCCGAAUUACUGUGGAGAGUUUGAUAAUGCCGGUGCUAUGAUGAGUGUGGAUGACACACUUUUGUGCUCCUUCCAGAUCCUGAAGCCAGCCGAGAAGAAGGCUCCAAAGUACGGUGGUGCGUACGGUGCGGCAGGACGACGUAAGUCGUUACUGUCUCAGAGGAGAAUCCGCUGA